CACAAAAGAGAAAUUGAAUCACUUCAUCAGAGACACAAGUAUCAAUUUCAUCGAUGGUACAUUAGUCUUAUGACUGGGUAUAACCUUUGCUUCUAUGGAUAUGGAUCAAAGAAACGACUUCUCGAGGAGUUUUUUGAAAUACAUUUCAAAGAUCAACCUCUAUUAGUGAUUAAUGGAUUUGAACCUAACUUAAAGUUUAAGGAUGCCCUUAAGAUUGUUCUCGAUGGCAUAGUGAAACCAAAACUUGGAUCGCGACGUGGCACAUUCGAGAAACAUGCCGACUUGAUUCGAAGGUACUUUCUAAAUCCGAACCGUAGAACAGAACGCUUGUACAUAAUGAUUCAUAAUCUCGAUGGACCAUGCCUUCGUAACACACAGAUACUAGACACUCUCGGUCUUCUUGCAUCUACUCACAACAUUUUUGUUGUCGCUUCAGUUGACAAUGUUAAUGCACCUCUUCUCUUCGAUCGUGAUCGUGAUGCCAAAUUCAAAUUCAUUUGGAACGAUGCCACGACAUUUCGCCCUUAUGAAGAGGAAUCGAUUUAUGAAGAUUUAAAAGUUAAAAAGCGGAGAAUAGGAUUGACCAUGAGUGUGGUCAUAAGUAUAUUGUCAUCCUGGAUCGUAAACAGGAGAAUGAUGUUUAAAACCUUGGCCGCAUAUCAAAUCAGUCGGUACCAAUGUGGUGCCAACAAACCCGAAGACGCUGGUAUGGAACAUGGAUUAUUAUAUAAUAAACUCCGAGAAGAAUUCUGGGUAGAUGGUGAUAGUAAAUUCCGUAUGUUUCUGAAUGAUUUUCACAAUCAUGAUGUCAUUAAAACUCGGACAUCAGAGUUUGGGUGUAAUAUUUAUUAUAUUCCGUUGGAAGCCGAUGUGUUGAAGAAAGUGCUGAACAAUAAAAAUCUUUUUGAAUGA